AUGCCUACGAAAAUGAGCCCCGCUGCGACGACUGGAAACCCAGGCGAUUAUGGCAUACAGAUUCGGUACCGGACACUCUCAAUACAUGUCAACGCAACCCGGGAUGAGAAACAACACCCUCCAGCGAAGUCAAAGGGAGCUGCCGACCCUGAAACAACGAUCCGCCAGAUAAACGUUCAUAUGCUUCCCGUAGACGAAAUCUACAGUCGAUAUUCGACCUCACCGACUGUGGGCCUCGAUAGUGCCGCCGUACAGCGUAGAGCGGUGCAGGGUGGCAAGAACGUGAUAUCCCCUCCGAAAUCACAGUACUGGAAGAAAAUCCUCAACUAUAUCUUCGGCGGCUUCAACUUCUUAAUGUGGAUCGCCUUCAUUGUGACGAUUAUUUCCUAUCAGCCUCUCGGUGGCGCACAUCCCUCGGCAUUCAACUUGGGGGUUGCUAUACUUUUGUUAUUGGUAAUCAUCAUCUCCGCGACAUUCUAUGCACUAGUAGACUGGCAUGCCUCACGUAUAAUGAGCUCUAUCACGACUCUCAUUGCGGAGAAUGCGAGCGUCAUACGCGACGGCCAGCAUCAGACGAUAUCGGCAAAGGAUUUAGUAGUCGGGGAUAUUGUCACAUUGUCGAUGGGCGAUCGUGUACCCGCAGACAUUCGACUCGUGCAGGCGUCGAGUGACCUACACUUCGACCGCUCUCUUCUGACUGGGGAGAGUGAGCUGAUCCCCGGCGCGCUAGAGAUGACCUCCGACAACGCUCUGGAGACGCGCAAUCUGGCGCUGACGUCAACUUUCGUUGUGCAAGGCAACUGUCUAGGUGUCGUCUUCGCAAUAGGUGACAAGUCGAUCAUGGGCCGCAUCGUGGCCAUGUCGAGCGAAACGAAGUUCAAGCUGACCACCAUUCAACGUGAAGUGUGGCACUUCACCAAGAUUAUAUCCUGCAUCGCCAUUACCAUGUUCAGCAUAGCAUUAAUUGUUUGGGGGGCUUGGCUACGGUCUAGUUAUCCAGGUUAUGAAACCGCAAGCGUAGCUAUUAUCGACUCCAUAGGCUGUCUGACCGCAUUCGUGCCUCAGGGACUCCCGGUGGGUGUCGCUCUGUCUUUGACAAUUGUCGCGAAGCGUAUGGCAAAGCGCAACGUGCUCGUCAAAAAUCUUGCGACAAUCGAAACGCUUGGGUGUAUGUCCGUCUUAUGCUCAGACAAGACCGGUACUCUCACGAUGGGGAAAAUGUCUGUGCAAAACGUCGCAUUCGUCCAGGACCAGUUUCGUGUGGAGGACAUCAAGGAGAAAUACAGCGGUCGGGACAGUACCAAUGCUCCUGCUGGUCUGAAGGCUCUGCACAUGGUCGGUCGCCUAUGCAACGGAGCAAAAUUCGAGACGUCUUCCGAUGAUCUGCCCAUUGAUGAGCGCCCCGUCAAGGGCGACGCCACCGAUACUGCCGUUCUCCGCUUCACCGAAGCUCUCACGAUUCCCUCACUUGCCGUGGAUACCCCCUCCCUGCUUGCUUCCUACGAAAAGAUCUUCGAGAUUCCGUUCAACUCUCGCAACAAGUGGAUGCUCACUGUCGUCCGCGAGAAUCGCCCAAUCGGCGCUGGCGAAGACUGGCAGCCGGAGACGUGGAUGCUCGUCAAGGGUGGUCCUGAUGUUCUCUUCCCGACCUGCACGAGCGUCAUGCGUGCGGAUGGAUCCGUCGACCACCUCGACUCCGCUAUUCGUAGCCAGUUGUUCGGACUGCAGGAGGAGUGGAGCAGCCAAGGACAGCGUGUACUUGCUCUAUGCCGUCGGUCGCUCGCGGACGUCAAGCUCGACAUGCAGAAGAUGUCGGCUAAUGACGUCGAGGAACUCAUGUACUCGGAGUUGCAACAGCUGACUCUGGUCGGGCUUGUUGGAAUUCGCGACCCGCCGCGUGCAGACGUCCCUGGAGCUGUCGAGACGAUCCGCAGAGCCGGCGUUCGGAUCUUCAUGGUUACUGGCGACUUCAAGUUGACGGCGCUCGCAAUUGCGAAGCAGGUCGGAAUCGUCACCCAAGAGAAAGCUGAUGAAGUUGAACACUUGCGCUCACCCAAGUCAGAAAAGGGUUAUGCUGGCCUCCCACCGUCAGAGAUUAAGCCCGGUGAAGACGACCCCAUCCGCGCGCUUGUGCUCACGGGAGAAGACGUAGAGACGAUGGACAGCAAUGAUUGGGACGAGGCGGUCGGCAAUUAUACGGAGAUUGUCUUUGCACGCACUACCCCCGAACAGAAACUGCGGAUCGUUGAAGAGGUCAAGGCACGGGGAGAUAACACCGUCGCUGUGACUGGGGACGGAGUUAACGAUGCUCCUGCUCUGAGGGCAAGCGAUAUCGGAGUGGCGAUGGGCAGCGGAAGUGAUGUGGCCAAGGAAGCUGCGUCGAUGAUCCUUCUGAACAAUGACCUGUCUUCGAUAGUGGUCGCUAUUGAGAUGGGAAGAUUGGUCUUCGACAACCUCAAGAAAGUCAUGUUGUACCUGAUGCCCGCGGGGUCUUACGCAGAAUUCGUGCCCGUCUUCGCCAAUGUGUUCCUUGGGAUGCAACUCGCGCUAAGCUCGUACUUGCAAGUCUGCUAUUGCGUCUUCAACGAUAUCACGAUGUCGAUAUCACUGAUGUACGAAAAACCCGAAGCUGACCUGAUGCUGCGCAAGCCUCGGAAUGCUCGCACCGAUAGAUUGGCAGACUGGAGAUUCUUCGUACAGAUUUAUUUGUUCAUCGGUGCAAUGCUCUGGCCUUGUUGUAUGAGCAUGUGGUUCCUGUACAUGGACAAGCAAGGCCUCGGAUUCUACGACGUCAUGCUCGUUUACAACAAAUGGACAGAGGGUCACAAGGGUUACACCCAAGACCAGCUCAACCACUUUGUAUCGGUAGGCCAAUGCAUAUACUACGUUACCAUGGUUUUCGGACAGUACGGAAGCUUACUCGCCAUCCGCAACCGUCGUGUAUCCAUAUUGCAGUCAAAUCCAUUCUGGGGCCCGCGUCGCAACUUUAUCAUACCGUUAGGUAUGAUAGGCACCGCUCUCGUCGCCGUAGUCAACCUGUAUGGGCAUGGCCUUCGAAAGGUCUUCGGGACCGCUGCCAUCCCCGGCAUGUACUGGGGAAUUCCAUUCGGGUUUGCUUGUGGAAUCCUCAUAAUGGAUGAGCUUAGGAAAUUGAUUGUGCGCACGUACCCAAAGUCUUUUGUAGCAAAGAUGGCGUGGUGA